AGCAGCCCUCCAAGUGUAUUCAUAUUUCUAGUAAAUUAUUAACGAAAACGACUGACUCCGACCGGAAAAAGGUGAGUUCAUAUUUCUGUUACAGUUAAGUGCGCGUGCAAGCAAGUCGGAUCCAGUUGGAAGAGGGCGUAACAUGAACGGCGCGAUAAGACACGGGAAGGAGCUCAGUGGCUUUUGUGAGCGCGCACCUCCCGUCUUCUCCAUAGCGCAAAGAGUCUCCUCUGCCUGCACGGAGCCUGUUGUAAUUCCUGCUCUUCGUGCCAGAGCCUGCAGCUGUCUCUGCUGUGUCCCACCGCUGCUGUUGUGGGAAAGCGUCGCCCUGCCACACGAGUCGUUGGCAAACUGAUUUUUUGCAGAAACUCAAAUGAUUUCGCAACUUUUAAAGAAUUUCCAGCGCUAUUGGGAGACUGAAUAAAGACACCUGGCAGUUGGUACGCUCCUCCUGUGUGUUGAUUAAAAUCUUUACAACAUAGGAAUGUGGAAUACAAGUCUAUGUCAGCGACUGCUGUCAUACCAAGCAGCUUAAAGCUUAAACAUGAACUAUCUCCUCUCAUGCAGUUACAGGACCAGCCUCUGCCCCUGACACAAUGACCACAGACUUGAACUUGACCUCUCUGCUGAAUGUAACAGAUCUCCACAACCAAACAAGAGAAUGUUCCCUCAAGACAGGUUUCCAGUUCUAUUACCUGCCCACUGUUUACAUCAUGGUUUUCAUCACAGGGCUGGUGGGCAACAGCCUGGCCAUUUGGAUGUUUGUCUUCCAUAUGAGACCCUGGAGCAGCAUCUCUGUCUACAUGUUCAACUUGGCUCUGGCUGACUUCUGUUACGUCCUUUCUCUGCCUUUCCUCAUCUUUUACUACUUCAACAAAACAGACUGGAUAUUUGGGGAUAUCCUGUGUCGACUGCAGCGUUUUAUAUUCCACGUGAAUCUCUAUGGAAGUAUUCUGUUUCUGACUUGCAUCAGUGUUCACAGGUACACAGGGGUGGUGCACCCUCUCAAGUCUUUAGGUCGACUGAAGAAGAAAAAUGCAGUUAUUACCAGUGCACUGGUGUGGCUGGUUGUUGUUAUGGGCAUGUCCCCAAUUCUUUAUUAUUCCAGGACUGGCUUGAAGCGUAAUAAAACCACUUGUUAUGACACCACCACUGAAGAUGAGCUCCCAGGUUAUUUCAUUUACAGCAUGAUUUUGACAGUGUUUGGAUUCUGCAUCCCCUUUAUUAUCAUAUUUUGCUGCUAUGGCAUGAUUGUCAAAGCAUUAAUCUACAAUGAUAUGAACAAUGUUCCCCUGCGGCAAAAAUCCAUCCACCUUGUCAUCAUAGUGCUAGCAGUUUUUGCAGUCUCCUACCUGCCUUUCCACGUGAUGAAAAACCUCAACAUGAGGGCUAGGCUGUACUUCCAGAGCCCUGACAUGUGUGAAUUCAAUAACCGUGUCUAUGCCACCUACCAGGUGACGCGGGGGCUGGCCAGCCUCAAUAGCUGUGUGGAUCCUAUUCUUUACUUCCUGGCUGGAGACACCUUCAGAAGAAAGCUGUCAAAAGCCACUAAAAAGCCCUCCAAGAAAGGAGACAAUGUCCUUCAGUCCAAGAGCGAGGAGACAGCUCUCAACAGCUUGGCGGAGUAUGUGGAGAAUGGAGACCGGAGGCUGUGACCAUGAUCGUCUUUUAGCUUUAGAAACAGAUGGACUUGGAUUAAGUUAAAGCACUGUGUGGAAUGAAGACUGUGUUAAAUUUAUGACAUGAUGAGCUUGUACAACUGUAGAAUAAAUAUCCCAUUUAACCCUGUGAUAACUUGCUUGCAACCUGUCGGUAUUGAGAAGUUACUGUACCAUCUAUUAUUGUGUUGUAUUAUAAAUACUAGAGCCAUCACUCCACCUUUUUCCUUUUUUAUAAAGUAACUUUGGACAAAUAGAGCAUUAUGAGGAGCCGGCCUGGGGGAAAUAGGUUUUCCUGUAAGCAAUAUUGUCCUGUUCAUCAAUUUGUUCAAGCAAAACAGGACUAAGAAUGGAUAGCAGCUCCUCCAACCUCGAGUUGAUGUUAAAUCAAUAGCUAUUUAGGAGGUGAGAGCUCGUGCUUAAAGAAUUGUACCUGGGGUGGCUUUUAGAGGAAAAAAGAGAAUGCACUGAAGCCAAGACGGCUGCGCGGAUGUUCCGUGGAGACAUUGUAAUGCACUAUUAGCAGGGUUUCUGCUCUGUUCUACCUAUCAAUCCUUUUUUUUUUAUCCACCUAAAACAGUCGACUACUUCUUCUUUCUAACAGCUCUGUUGGUUUAAGCCUGUAAAUGCUCUGUUCUCACAAACUUUCCCUCUUAACCUGUCCCCAACUGGAAAAAAUAAGAUAUUUACAGUAUUUUAUGUAUAUAUUGAUAAUGUCUUUUUUUAUUUGGGUGUACUGAACUGAAUGUUGUAAAGCUCCAGAGUAGUUAUUUUCUUUUGCACUAAUUUCACUAAUCCAUGCUAUUAGAGCACAAGUCCAUUACCAAAUCCAGUAUCGGUGAAGCAGUGACUCACCACAGCAGGUUUUAACUGUUUGUGUUUAUUGCAACAUUUAAAAAAAAUAGCUGCAAAGCUUUUCUUUCUUUGUGGCUCCACAAACAUGUUGAAUAUUUCUGUUUGAGAUACCUCAAAGUAAAUAGUGCGUUGUGUUUGUAUUUGGCAGAUAAUCAUUUAAGUUUUGUAUUUGUUCUGAACAUUCUGGAGAAAUAUAUUUUAUGUAGAUGUUUGAUGUCUGUAGCCUACUAAUUCCUGUGAUGUGGCUGGCAAUGAGUGUCAAGAAAGGAAGUAAAUCAGUUGUGCAAAACAUUUGGUGCUGUGCAUCUUGGUUAAUAAAUUUCUGUGUUCAAAGUA